UUCCCCGCCCGCCCCCUCCGGAGGUCAAAAGCCUUGGUCAGUAGCACUGUGGCCUGUGCUGUGAGCCCGGGGGCUCCAGGUCGGCCUUGGUUGUUCCGCUCGCCAGCUCGCUGCCCACAUGGCCCUGAGAGGCGUCUAUGCGCGGCUACUGAGCUGUGGACCCAGCCUGCGAGUCCUUCGUUCAUGGAGCUCGGCGGCGACGCAGACCGAAAAAGGCGGGAAGACGCAGAGCCGAUCAGCCAAGUCCUCGCGGCCCGAGUUUGACUGGAGAGACCCACUAUUGCUGGAGGAGCAGCUGACAGCAGAUGAGGUCCUCAUCAGGGACACCUUCCGCACUUACUGCCAGGAGCGCCUCAUGCCCCGCAUCCUGCUGGCCAAUCGCAACGAAGUUUUUCACCGGGAGAUCAUCUCAGAGAUGGGGGAACUGGGUGUGCUGGGCCCCACCAUCAAAGGGUAUGGCUGUGCUGGAGUCUCAUCUGUGGCCUAUGGGCUCCUGGCCCGAGAGCUGGAGCGAGUGGACAGUGGCUACAGGUCAGCGAUGAGUGUCCAGUCCUCCCUCGUCAUGCACCCUAUCUACGCGUACGGCAGCGAGGAGCAGCAACAGAAGUACCUGCCCCGGCUGGCCAAGGGGGAGCUCCUGGGCUGCUUUGGGCUCACAGAGCCUAACCAUGGGAGUGACCCCGGCAGCAUGGAGACCAGAGCCCGCCACAACCCGUCCGGCAGGAGCUACACCCUCAAUGGGGCCAAGACCUGGAUCACCAACUCACCUGUGGCCGACCUGUUUGUAGUGUGGGCUCGGUGUGAAGAUAGUUGCAUUCGGGGCUUCCUGUUGGAGAAGGGGAUGCGGGGCCUCUCGGCCCCCAAGAUUGAGGGAAAGUUCUCUCUGCGGGCCUCGGCCACGGGUAUGAUUAUCAUGGACGAUGUGGAAGUGCCAGAGGAGAAUGUGCUGCCCAAGGCGUCUGGUCUGGCGGGUCCCUUCGGCUGUCUAAACAAUGCCCGCUAUGGCAUCACCUGGGGUGUGCUUGGAGCUGCUGAGUUCUGUUUGCACACGGCCCGGCAGUACACCCUGGACAGGAUCCAGUUUGGUGUCCCACUGGCCAAGAACCAACUGAUUCAGAAGAAGCUGGCGGACAUGCUCACCGAGAUCACACUGGGCCUUCAUGCCUGCCUGCAGCUCGGCCGCUUGAAGGAUCAAGACAAGGCCACCCCGGAAAUGAUCUCCCUGCUGAAGAGGAAUAACUGUGGGAAGGCCCUGGACAUUGCCCGCCAGGCCCGAGACAUGCUGGGAGGGAAUGGGAUUUCUGAUGAGUAUCACGUGAUCCGGCAUGCCAUGAACCUGGAGGCCGUGAACACCUAUGAAGGCACUCAUGACAUCCAUGCUCUGAUCCUCGGAAGGGCAAUCACAGGGAUCCAGGCGUUCACAGCCAGCAAGUGAACCCACUUCACCUGGGAGCCUGGAUGGUACCAAACCCCUUCCCAGGGAGAUACUGCGCUCUGAGCUUAGCCAGGGAGGUGGCAGAUGGAGCCAAUUCUUCUGGUGGGAAGUGAGAGACGCUGAUUUUUAAAUAUCAAAAUUUCCCUUUUGAAGUCAUUCAAAUGUGUUCCUUAAAAAGAAGAUGGGACUCUCUGUACUGAGUUUCUCAAUCCAGUUUUAACUGUGGACGGGAACAGACUCCACUCACCUUGGAACAGAAGCUCCCUUUCACAGGGGAGCAGGGAGAGGGAAGGAGAGUGACAUGGAAGCAACUUGUGACACCCACCUGGUGUCUGACUACGCAGACCACCCCCUCCACACAGCAAGAGUUUACUCUGCGCCCUCUGACCCUCCCAUCUUAGGGUAAGUGCCUUAUGCUGGACGUUGGAGCAGAGUGAGGGGGAAAGAGAGAAUAAUAAAGAGUCUGCAUGUCUGA